AUGGAGCAAUCUCCAUCGCCACACAGCUAUUUCGAUGGACGAAGUCUCGGAUCAUCCGAUGAUAAGCCGUCGAAGAAGAGAAACCCGAUUUCGCAGACAGGAUCCACUCCGGGAGCGUCUCAUACACGCAAACAGAGUUCCCCCACCGUGAAUGAGUUCCUCUUGUGCCCCCAUUGUGGAUGUCGUUAUAAGGGAAAGAGUUCUUUCACAACGCAUCUCCGGAAGAAGCAUCCCGACAUGCACACAGAAGUUAUCUGCUAUGUCUGCAAUUCAAAUGUCGACGAGGCGGCCUUCGAGCGGCAUUUCCAUGAGCACCGGACUGUCGAAAUGCGACAGUCUCAGAGUUCACAUCGACUUCUGAAAUGCGACUUCUGCGACUUCACCUGCACUCUGGACGUGGACAUGAUUCAGCACACGGGUAUCGACCACGAUGGAAAUAAGGUCUUCAGCAUGGCUCGUACACAGGCGCAGUUUUUGACCAAAACCCGGAAUAGCAAGCGCAAGUUUUCAGAAAACGAUUCGGAGAAGACCAUGAGCGGGAACGAAGCACCGGAAGUGGAACGCGAAGAAGUUCUCGAGGAGAGUGUGGUCAACAUGGACGGAACGCUGGUGGUCGAAAACGACCAACGCACCGAGAUUCUAUUCUGCCUGAAACGAGGGCAGUCCGCAUUCGUGGAGCGGGGUUUCACCGAAGUUAUGCUCCACCAUCUGCUCAUAAGUCCCUACGAACGAUCUUGGCUGAAGCUCCUGGUGAAUCUGACUUCGAAAUACAUCCGAUUGCCGAUCGAGGUAUCGUCACUCGCCCAAGACCAAAGUCAAUUGACGAACUUCGUGAUCGAGAAUGAGGUGCCAAAUUCACUGAAGAAAUUCUUCCUCCCGGAAGCCUGGACCCAUUUGGAAUUCAUUGUCGGCUCCAAGAGAUCGCAGUUCUACUGCUCCGUUUGUAGAUCGAUACAGAACUCGAGAAUGAUCCAGUGCACUGCGUGUGCACGACGCUACCAUCACCAUUGCGGCUUGGCAGCUAUGAUCCCUCAAGCGACGUACGAUUGUGCUACUUGCUGUCUAUAGCGGAGCGAGAGCUCAAGGUGCGGCGGUGACCGAUAGGAGUUCUCAGCCUCUAAGUUUCAUUUCGUGUCGCCCGACGAGGUGAAGUUGCAAUUCCCGAUGAGGUAACACAACGACUUCAUGUUUUCUCGAUGAAGAAUCGAGUCUGCGCAUAGAGCGAGCUCAUCGAACAUCAUUCCGGCAGUCCCUCACAUUAUUUCUUGGAAUUCACUUUUUUCUCUUCAAUCUUUUGAGAAGUAUCCGUCCAUGC